GUACCCAACAGACGUCGUUUGGGUCAUGUGGUCAGAGUGCUUGCUGCUCCUCACCAGGAACCCCAGGGAUCCCAGGAAUCCCUGGACCCGCGGGAUCACCCGGCGAUCGUGGACCUGAAGGACCCACGGGCCCAAGAGGAAACACAGGAUAAAGGAUCUCGUGGGAAGCAAGGACCUAAAGGAGAUACAGGACCCUCGGGUUCGACGGGUCUACCAGGAAGCAAAGGUGAACCGGGCAUCCAGGGACGCCCUGGACCCGCAGGACCAUCAGGUAAACAAGGAAAUAAAGGGACAAGGGGACAAACAGGAAGCAAAGGUGAACCAGGUGCUCGUGGUAUCCAAGGUCCACAGGGAACCGUCCGAAGUAAUUGGAAACAGUGUGUAUUUAAGAGUAUGAAUGAUGAAACAGACACUGGUUUUAUCAAGGUAAACACUUAACUCGCAAUAGAUUUAUGCCAGUGAAUGUUUCGCUCUUUGUCUUCGGAUAUGGGUGUGAAUCGUCCUGACAGGAUUUCAUAUAAUCGUACAAAUAAACACGGAUAAACAUGAUUGAACUGGGGAAAGUAAAGUCUAGACACUAAACGAACCCAUUUAAUAACUUACCAUUCAUAUCAACACUUUUUUUAAGCCAUCCCUACUCCUAAUGUUAAAAAAAAUGUUAUUAGAGUACUCAGAUUUUAAAUUCUUUUAAUACUAUUUUAAGUAGUAAGUUGUAAUGAAUGUUGAUGUUUAUUAUUUGUUUUAAAAGUUGUAAGGACCGUCAGUUUAACAAUAGAUUAAAAGCCAUGUGUUGUUCAAAGCAUUGACAGAUAAAAAAGAAAAGAGGAAGAAGAUAAACGGACUCUAAACAGUACAAAGCUUCACGAGGCCGUCAGGCCAUUAUAACAAUUUUAAAUUUAAUUAAGCGUUAUUUGAAUCAUUCCAUAGGAAUGUAUUUUCAAGAAAAAAUCCGACAAUACAGCCUUGCGUGUCUUCUGGAAUGGCGAUUUCCGUGUCGCUAACUGCCACAACUGCUGCAAUCGGUGGUACUUUACGUUCAAUGGUGCAGAAUGCUCGUCCCCGGCAGCCAUUGAUGGUGUAUUUGUAGUGUUACAAGGCACUAACUGGAAAAAAAAUCCACAUCGCCCUCGUCACAUUGAAGGAAUUUGCGAGAAGCUCCAUAAGGGCAUGGUCCGCGUGGGUUUCUGGGUCGGUAAGUGCGCUGGUGGUUCCAAAACUGGCGACGCGGCUACAGGCUGGAACUCAGUCUCCAAGAUCUACAUAGAAGAGGUGGCUCCCCCACAGCCGUAA